AUGCCACAUAAAAAAGUUGUUAUUGUGGGGGGAGGUAUAUCAGGAAUAAAAGCUGCCGCAGAUUUAUACAAGAGUGGCAUCAAAAGCACGGUAAUUUUAGAAGCACAACCUCGUUUGGGUGGACGAUUGUUCACCGUUGAAUCAACUCAGAAUAAAGGAACUACAUAUGACUAUGGUGCAUCGUGGUUUCAUGAUUGUUUGAACAAUCCAUUAUUUGAUAAGGCUCAACAAUUGGAAAAUGUCAAAUAUUACUUUGAUGAUGGGAAAUCUUUAUAUUUCAAUAAAUUUGAAGGACAGAUUGAAAAAUGGAGGUUUGAAACUGUUCUUGAAGAAAUGAUGACAUACUUUCAAUGGGUGUAUAAGCAGGAUCCUGAUAAGUUAGAUAUUUCUGUAAAGCAGUUAGCACAAGAAUAUGUUGACAAGUAUCGAAAUGUCUUAACAAAAGAGCAAAUUGAAUUAUCUUUGAGUGCUGUACGAAUGUGGAGUGAAUUAUGGCACGGAGAAUCAUGGGAUUUACUUUCUGGUAAAUAUACUUUUGCCGAUGACGGGCAUUUGGGUAGAAAUGCAUUUGUCAAAAAUGGAUACAGUACAGUUUUCAUCAACGAGUUGAAAGAGUUGCCAAGAGCAUAUCGGGAUUCUGCAAUUAAAUUAAAUGCCCAAGUCAUCAAGAUUGAUUAUACAAAUAAAAAGAAAAUUCUUGUUUAUCUUAAAGAUGGUCGAACGUAUUCUUGCGAUUAUAUAAUAGUGACAAUUCCACAAACAAUUUUGAAAAUUACAAAUGCAAAAGAUGAGAAUUAUGUUGAGUGGGUUCCAGAAUUGCCUCCUAAUAUUCAAAAAGUUUUACCUGAUGUUCAUUUUGGCUCUUUAGGGAAAGUCGUGUUGGAGUUUGAUGAUUGCUUUUGGCCAAGAGAUGUUGACAGGUUCUAUGGGUUGACAAGCAAUACCCCAUCACAAGAUACAAUCUCUGUCGAUGCUUGGGAUUAUCCAACAAUAUUAAUCAACUAUCAAGCUGUAAAUAAUGUUCCUUCUUUAGUUGCGUUGACUCAAAAUCCUUUAUCAAAAUACAUUGAGAAUUUACAACCACAUGAAAAGCAACAAAGAAUUUGGUCAAUUUUCAAACCUUUGAUCGCAAAAAUAUGUGAGCUGAAAGGGAUUCAGGAUAUACCAGAACCUCACUCAAUUUACCAUACGCCUUGGAAUAAUGAGUCGUUAUUUAGGGGCAGUUACGGGACGUCUUUGGUCGGUACACAAGACCCUUCAUCUGUUAUAAAAGCUUUUGUUGAUGGGUAUCAGGAUAGAAUUAAAUUUGCAGGUGCAGAAACUAUGGACGAUACUUCUAAUGGAUGUGCACAUGGAGGAUGGUUUUCUGGUCAAAGAGAAGCUAAAUUUAUAGUACAACAAGAAGCUAAAAAGAAAGUAGAUUCUAAAUUGUGA